AUGAGCCCUUUAAGGUUCUCUGUGAUGGAACUUUUGUGUAUCACUUCCGCCGAUACUGCCCUAUCCAAAACUCUAGGUACUACAGUCAAGAUCUUUACUACCAGGGGUGAUUGGGGGGGGGGGGGGGGGGGGACGACCAAUGCACAGUCUUUGUGCCUAAAGAUUGAAGAAAGGAUACCAGUUGUUCCUGUAAUCAUUGGUCUUCGAAAUGCCCUAUUACUCGAACAGCCGUCUGCCUUUCAACACCAGUUUGCCAAGUCUGCUGAGAAGGAACGUUCGCAUAUGACUGAGUUGGAGUAUCAAAUGAUAAACAUGGGGACAAAGAAGCUGGUCACUGAGUAA